CGGCCCCGCGGCGGCCCUGCGGCGCACCCGAGGCCCCGGCCUCGCCGGGCCUGCCGUCUAGGGGCCGCGGGCGGGUGGCGCGCGGACCCGGGAAGGGGUGAGGGCGAGCCGGGCCCGGAGGCUGGGGAGGGGUACGCGGUGAGGAGGGCUCGGGCGGGCGCGGCGGGUGGAGCGGCGGCGGCUCCUUUGUUUCCCGCGGCCCGACGGCCCGGCCGGCUGAGGAGAGGCCCGAGAGGGGCGGGAGCCAGCGGGGGCCACGAGCGCGUGGGGACAGCGGCGGGCGGGGAUCCUGGCAGGCAGCUGGCCCCCCCGCCCCGCCCUGCUGGGGGGCUGUGCUCGGCCUGGGUGCGGGGCUAUGGGGGCGGGUGUCCGGCCCCCACGGUGCGGCCGCACGUGUGGCGGGGCCCGGCUUGCGUCCCUCCUCGGACUGAGGAGAAAAGCGCCGCUCUCCCGGCGCAGCUUUGUCUGGGCUGCGGGGCGCGCUGGGCCCCUUCGCCGCUUCCUCGGCCCCGCUUCCUUUCGUUUCCCUUCGCUUCCCGGCAGGCUCGGGCAACUCGAUCCACGCCAGGUGGGAGCCCUCAGCCCCGAGAGGCGCUCGGAAUUCGGAACUCGGGCGGCGGAGGUCGGAAUCUUUCAUCAGCCUGGGAGGGUGAAGUUUGAAAACAGGCUGCAGGCUAAAAAGCUCUGGAGGCUGAGCCAGCAGCUGAUUUGGAGGGACGGCUCGAGUUCCCGUUCAGAUGUUUUGGGUUGUCUGAAAUUGGGUUAGGAUUCCCAGGUUCAUGUGCUGAACAACAGCUCUUAGGUUUAUGUAAAGCUUUUGCAUUACUUCGGCAUCUUAACUCCUUUGGCUGGGCUCUUUGGAAGCCCCAGUGCCCUCUUAUUGUCUGCUCUAGCGACUUAGGAUCGCACCAGCCACACUGCUUUGAUUACUUCCUGGUAGGGCCCUGGUGCCGCCGCUGGAGUCUUUGUUUAUUAGCUUUGAGAUGAUCAAUGGUAGCUUGAGGUGUAGUGUAAAAUUUGAAUUGUGCAUUUCAAAAACCUUAAGUUCAUUUGAAGAAAUAAAGGAAAAGAGCAACGGUACGAUUUAGGUGUGUGACAUUUUUCGUUGCGGUUUGGAGCUGGGGAGGUAUUUUGGAGAAUGCCUUAACACUUUUGACAGGUUACUUCUUAAAUGGUGAUUAUGUCCUUGGAGAGAAACAUCUGCAGCGCCACAGAGAAACAAGUAUUCGUAUUCUACGGUUAGGAAUAGAAAUAACUGCAGUUUUUUGGAGCUCUCAAAGGUUUGAUGCUUUGCUUGGCUUUGUAAAGUCAGAUUAUCUUUUUCUGCGUGAAGCCUUUAAAGAUUAACUGGUUAAUUGGUUUUACAGUGCAGUAUUGCAAUUUUUUUUAUGAGGGUGCAGAAACCAGUAUAAAUUAGCUCUCACCUAAGAAUUUAUCUUCCACAGUGAAUGCUGAGUAUGGAAAAACAAAUAAGGUGUAUCAAAUUGCUUUUCAAGUUGAUUGGGGGUGUCUUAGCUAUAAUUGUAGCUAUCGCUAUGGUGCUAAAACUGUAACUUUUAAUUUUUUUUUGCCCCAAGAGAUUUAAAAAAACAAAUGACGGAAGUAAACACUAGGAAGAGCAUAUCUUGUGAAGAAUGAUGCUCUUGCUCAUCUGUAUACUUCAGGGAUACUAAGGGGACAGCGCACUACUGGCUUUAGCUUUAUAGGAAACAGCUGCAUUUUCAUAUCUUCUGCAUUCAGUCUCUUGAGGUAUCAUACAUCAUGUAUACUCUGGAAAACUCCACUGCACCCUUGUGAGAGAAUGAAGUGUGCCGCUCCAACAAAAGCCCCUGGGUCUGUUUGACUUGUUCAAGUGUCCAUUGUGGAAGAAGACAAGUAGAAGCACUUAAAUUCUGCAUUUGAAGAGACAGAUUCCUCUCCUAGAUUUUGAGAGCUUUCCUAGGGCAGAGGCUGAGCCUGAAGUUUGUCUUCCCUAUUUACCCCAGAUGUUCUGCUUUCCCCAAGGUAUGUGAAUGGCCAUGCAAAAAAACAUUAUGAAGAUGCACAAGUACCCUUAACUAAUCAUAAGAAAUCAGAAAAGCAAGAUAAACCUCAGCAUACAGUAUGUAUGGAUUGCAGUAGCUACAGUACAUACUGUUAUCGCUGUGAUGAUUUUGUGGUUAAUGACACCAAGCUGGGACUGGUACAGAAAGUCAGAGAACACUUACAGAACUUGGAAAACUCAGCUUUUACAGCUGACAGGCAUAGGAAAAGAAAACUUUUGGAAAACUCAUCACUAAACAGCAAGUUAUUAAAAGUAAAUGGAAGCACUGCUGCCAUCUGUGCCACAGGACUCCGGAAUCUGGGGAACACAUGUUUCAUGAACGCCAUCCUUCAGUCACUCAGUAACAUUGAGCAGUUUUGCUGUUAUUUCAAAGAACUGCCCGCUGUGGAGUUAAGGAAUGGGAAAACAGCAGGAAGGCGAACGUACCACACCAGGAGCCAAGGGGAUAACAAUGUGUCUUUGGUGGAAGAGUUUAGAAAGACACUUUGUGCUUUAUGGCAAGGUAGCCAGACUGCAUUUAGCCCAGAGUCCUUAUUUUAUGUUGUUUGGAAGAUUAUGCCAAAUUUUAGGGGCUAUCAGCAACAGGAUGCCCAUGAAUUCAUGCGCUACCUUUUGGACCACCUGCACUUGGAACUCCAGGGCGGUUUCAACGGUGUUUCCCGCUCAGCAAUUCUACAGGAGAAUUCUGCUCUAUCUGCAAGUAACAAAUGUUGCAUGAAAGGGAUUUACAAGACAAACUCCCCAAAGACAGAAAGAAAAGAAAAUGGAGCAUCUACAGUUGUCACAGCUAUAUUCGGAGGUAUUCUCCAAAAUGAGGUUAACUGCCUCAUAUGUGGGACAGAAUCUAGAAAGUUUGAUCCAUUCCUAGACCUUUCAUUAGAUAUUCCAAGUCAGUUCAGAAAUAAGCGCUCAAAGAAUCAAGAAAAUGGACCAGUUUGUUCAUUACGAGAUUGUCUUCGCAGUUUUACUGACUUAGAAGAACUUGAUGAGACAGAGUUAUAUAUGUGCCACAAAUGCAAAAAGAAACAAAAAUCCACUAAAAAGUUUUGGAUUCAAAAACUACCCAAGGUGCUAUGCUUACAUUUGAAACGAUUUCAUUGGACUGCAUAUUUAAGAAACAAAGUUGAUACCUAUGUAGAAUUUCCCCUGAGAGGCCUGGACAUGAAAUGCUACUUGCUAGAGCCUGAGAACAGUGGCCCAGAGCACUGCCUGUACGACCUUGCCGCUGUGGUGGUUCACCAUGGUUCCGGGGUCGGUUCUGGACAUUACACAGCCUAUGCAACUCAUGAAGGUCGCUGGUUCCAUUUCAAUGACAGUACUGUAACACUGACUGAUGAAGACACCGUUGUGAAAGCAAAGGCCUACAUCCUUUUCUAUGUGGAACGCCAGGCCAAAGCUGGAUCAGAUAAACUUUAAUACCUCCUUUAAAUCAUUGUUUUUGUCAAAUGUACCGGACAAACAUUUCCAAUUUUCCAUAAAUACUUGAUCCAAGAUUUGAUUUCAUUAUGCACUUUUCAAUUUCCUAUUUUGGGUUUAGUUUUAUUUUGUCAAUGGUAGUGACGUAUUGAACAUGGGCACCAACUAAUUUGUUUUUUUUUUUUUGUUUGUUUUUUUAGUUCUACCAGAAAACCUCAGCAGAUAUUUUGAUUUGCUGCUUUAGUUGUAAUAAUUCAGUUUUUUAUGUAGUUUCAAGAACUUAGUUCUAUUUGACUUUUUUAUAUUAAUGUUUUCGGUUCUCACUUUGAGGCACAUUUACAUCAAUGCUUUGUUACAUUCACAUGCUGAAAGCAAGAUGUGUUCCUGAUUGGGAAGAGCAACAGAACGCCUGCUGCCUUUCACAGCUGUGAUGGAAAUCAGGUUGAUGGGAGAGCCGGGAUCAUGUGUACACAGAACUUGUGGCCCACGGGAUUUCAGUGACUGCUCCGUAAUCGUUCCUUUUGAUUGUACAAGAGAACUGGGAGGGCAUCAUUAAGCAGGUCAGGUAAUUGCUGCUCUUGGUAGCUCUCAAGGUUGCUGUUUAUCAGCACUAACUAAAUAAAUUUGUUGGUUCAGUUGUACCUGUACUGCAAAUUCAAGAAUUACUCCUUUUGAGUUUGUUUUGUUCUGGAAUAUCUUUUGCGUGUGUAUUUGUGUUCAUGGAUAUAGGAGUACAGAAAAGUCCAAAGAAGACCAAACACAUUCAGUGUUUAAAAAUCUCAGACUCCGCUACACAGUGUAGAUAUUAUCCAGUGAGAGGAAACCAUAGCUUCUGUUUGCCUUUUGAACCAGCAUCUAGUUCCCCCACUGGCUAUCAUGCUGGGAAUAACUGCUUGUCCACUUUUGUCUUAUUUCUUGCUUGGCCAUCGGACUCCGGAGUAGAUUCUGACCUUCACCUACAUUUUAGGUACCACUAUGGGGUCUGCUCCUACAGAAGGAGAUUUGAGUCUUUGCUCCUUUGGUCUUUAACAACCCUCGCUGGCCUAACCUGAUAGCAGAGCAAACUGAAAAUAUUCUCACUUUGAAUAGUUUCUAUUCUUGAGUUUAGUAGUCUUUGUUUUAAAAUUGUUUUUGAGAAAAAUAGGUACAAGCACUAUUAAGAUUGAACCCAAGUUGAAAUUUGGAACCAGAAUUACAUCCAAGGAAGAUAACUGAUUCUGCAAGGGGUCUAAGCCAAUCUCUUGGGGGGUAGGGGUGGGGGGCAGUACUUGGCAGCUUGUGGAGAGCAAGUGCGCACUCCCUGAUGGGCUCUAGCAUGGGACCGUGCACUGCUGUCAGCACAUCUCUUGUUCCAGUCACUAGUUUCUUCUCUGUUCUCUCCAAGUUGCUAUGAGGGGCAGAAUGUCUUUCAUAUUAAGCCAGCCAGCUGAAAUUUGUGGUAAUCUUGUUUCUUCUAUUAAAAGAAAAAAAAAACCAAGUUUUUUGGUUUUUUUUUUUUUUAUUUUUUUUUUUAAGUGCAUAAAUAAUCUGAUAGCUGUCCUCCUGGGUCAGAUACUUGAAGUUGCAGGAGCAGGUGCGGCUCCAUUUCCAUUUUAAUAUUUGCUAGAUAAAUCCUGUCUUUUUCUCAGGGCAGAAAUCAGCAGCCGAACACUUUACUAACCACAGUUACGGCUCAACUUGUACUAUCUGGUACGGCGGUCACUAGUCACCUGUGAUUAAGUUUUAAUUAAAAUGAAGUUUAAAACCCAGUUCUUCAGUCAUACUAGCUACAUUUCAAGGGCUCAGCAGCCACAUGUGGCAGAGGAUGCCUAGGCUCAGGUGGUCCCGUCAGCAUGUAGGGCUCCUGGACCGCGCUGGUCUGCAUUUCCACUCCAGAGAAGCAAGCUUUGCUGUCAUGUUUAGAUCUUACAACUUAAACAUGAAGUCCAGAAGAUAAUUAAGAGGGAAACAUGUGUUUAAAUUAGUUUACAGUGCUAAAUUAUAUGAGGUUGAACCAUUAGAGAUUGUGAUAUUUAACCUUUUGAUCUAAAAGUGAAAGUUCUACAUAAUUUGACCCAAUAUAGCAACACAUUAACACCACAUACUGUUGAACUUAGAAUGUGCCUCUUCCUUGAUCUGUUCAGUAUCUCCUGUGAAUACAGCCUCUUUUGUGUAGAAGGCGUACAGCUGUGACUUCGAACAUUUGUACUUCCCUUGUUUCUCUGAGUGGGCAGCUCAGAGGACUUCAGCAAUGUAGCCUUGGGCAGUGUUGAUAUUGGUGGAGAAAAAUGGUCUUUUUAUACCAAAGGGAACUUCCCGACAGCCAGACUACUUUGAUGGGGAAAGUGGUCCUCAGACCGGCAGCACUGCUGGCUUAAGAGUUGGACACAUCUCCUCUUUGAAUUUCUGGAGUGUUUUUAUUGCUUGAUUUCACUUAAGCAGAAAUGUUUGAAUGACAUUAUGAAGGCUCCUUUGGAAAAGUGAUUGGAUCCAUUGGAAUUGUGCAUUUGAACACCAGCGAUGUAAAUGUGCCUAUUUGUAUUUAAAAAAUUCAACUGUGUAGCCUUAUCACACCUACUUUAAAAAGCUGAUCUUCGUGUGCUCUUCAGGGCUUUCCCCUGGGGCCAUGCUGGCUCUGCUGGGGGGCUUCUCGCGCAGAGACCGCAGCCAGGGCAGUGCCUCGCUCUGGCAACUGGCUCCCUGGAACAAGAAAACUUCCUCAGAAGUCCUCCCACAGAGGUGGGUGAUGGAAACAGUCUGUGGCAACACAAAUCUCUCUCCAUGGUGGAGAAACCUUUGCUUAUCCACUGUAUUCUACUCAGUGUCUAGUGAUGACAUAUGUAAUAGAAUUAAACCAGUAAAGUGUACAGGCCCUGGUUAAGUGUUAAAUGUGUAUCUCACCCGGGGAACCUACUCAGCGGCGUGGUUUCUGGGGUUGGGGACAGAUUUGUUUCUAAAAGCCAAACCUCUCUUUCAUUGGUUGAGUGUACAUAACUUUAUUUAGCUACACUUCUCCCACCGCAGCCCCCAGCAUCCCCUCCGUUCCCUCCCACACCCUGUUGCUGCCGUGGCCUCUCCACUUGGGCCCUGGAAGGGCUCAGGAGCGGUGGUGCUGCAUCUGGGGCAAGGGUCCCGGGAGACCCAGGCGCAGCCACAGGAAUGUGCCCACGGUGCAGGAAGAGGCUGGCACCCUCGGGUGGGGGGGUGCCGUGGUGCUAGGUCCCAGCCUCGUGCACUGGGGUAACCCCGCCCUUGGUCCCAGCGACGGGCUCCGGACCCUCCCUGGCCAGUGCUGCCUGGGUCUCCGGUGAGCAUCCGCCGUGGAAGCCCAGUUUGUACGACGCGAGAGGAUUAUAGGUGCAAGUAACUGACCACAUUUACCUUGUAAUCACAGCCCUUUUCUGCUUCACCAACCUGAACUCUUUUAUGGAUGAAAGUAUCAUUAAAGUUCUGGUCUCUUU